CCUUGCGAACAGAACAGAUACAGUAAACUUUCAAAACAACCGUUUCAACUAUGAGGACCUAUAUUGCACUAUUGAUGCUUGGCGCGUUGAUCCUUGCGUCGGCAGCGGAAAUCGGAACAGCCCAUCCGAAGGAAAAACGUGCUGCCAACGACCAGGCAAGUGCAACCGUACAAAAAAUUAUGGAGAAAGGUAUGGUUUUCGCCGGUAAUGUUGUGGAAAAGUUGAAAAAUAGUGAAGUGGCUCGAAAACUGGUCGGCAAAGUGUUGGGAGCAAUGGGGGACCAACGAGGCAAACGCUCGAUACAAAUUGAUGCCGCGAUCACAAACUACAAUACGGUCCAUUUCCAGAAGCUUCAAGUACGCAAAACCCUUACUAAUGAAGCUAGUAAAAAUUGCCACACAAUCUGUCCAAUCGGUCAGAACGAGCUGAAUUUCAUUGAAACCGUUUCCAUUGCUGUGCAGCAGGCUCUAGGAGAGGUCAAUAAGAUCAUAAACGGACAAAAGGUAGCAUUUCACGUUCCAAAACCAACUUCAGUUGCCGCGUAA